UGGAGACCGAAAUGGGCUGGGCCUCCGAGGCCCAGGCUACGGGUCCGCGCGCAGGUGUAGGUCGAGCGAGGCCGAGACUCUGAGCCGGGGCCGGGAAGUCUCUGAGGCAGCGUACAGACUGGGAUUCCCACAGCAGAGCAGCACCUGCAGACAGAACCAGCUCCUCAGAGAUGUCCAGUAUCCUGGUGUCUGCCCACCCCAAGGAUCUGGCAUUAACAAGGCAGUCGCUUGAGUAGAGCUUCUUCUCAGAAUUCUCUCCAAUUCUGAAAUAUUUUAUUGUGAAGAAAAAUGAAGCGAAAUAGCACCAAAGGCAACAGCACCAAAUCGGGCAGCACCAAAGCCAGGAAUUUAAUGAACAAAAUGAUGAAUGUGCCAGAUUGGCGCGCUUUGUAUCCUCCCAUCCGAAAGUUCACAAGUUCAAGACCCCAUUCUUCACCGUGCAGAGUAUAUUCGAAGAAUGGUUUCCAAAAUAUGUUAAGACCUUCGUCUUCACCCUCAGCUGCUGCAAAUCCAGUGCUGUCCUUCUUAGAUGUUAAGCGGAUUUUAUUUCAAAAAAUCACUGACAAAAAGGAUGAAUUGAAAAAAGCCUUCCAGCUGCUCGAUACUGGCCAGGACCUGACGGUGACAAGGGGCGAGCUGAAGAGAAUAAUCGCCACCUUCCUGCUCCCGCUCACCAGGGAGCAGUUCCAGGAUGUGCUGGCCCAGAUCCCUCUCACGAGCUCUGGUGGUGUACCGUACUUUGAGUUCCUGUCCAGGUUUGGUGGAACUGACCUAAAUAUAAAUGUCAUAAAGAGGGGAGUAGGGAAUGAAAUGGACCGCUGCCGGACACUGAAAGAACUUGAGAUGCAAGUCGGAGAAAAGAUUUUCAAAAACCUGAAAACGGUCACCAAAGCCUUUCAGCUCAUCGACGUUAACCACAGGGGCCUGGUGCAGCCGCAGGAGCUGAGGAGGGUGCUGGAGACCUUCUGCCUGAGGAUGACAGAGGAGGAAUACCGGAAGUUCUCAAAGCACUACAACAUUGAUAAAGACCCUGUGGUGGAUUACAGUCUGUUUUUGAAGAACCUCAGCAAAAGUAAUGACCUGCAUCUGAGAUAUUUUAUGGCGAACCCAGAAGUCUCACCAGAGAGUCAACAAGCCAGAACUUCCAAGAGAGAACAGUUCCUCAUUUCUGAACCACCUGAAGAGAGCUGGAGCAACUACUCCUUAGAUGACGUUGAGAGGACCUUCUGCCAGGAGUUUUCAAAGUCUGUUGAUAAGAUUGAAAAAGCCCUCAGUGCCGGCGACCCCUCCAGAGGUGGCUACGUCUCCUUGAAUUAUCUCAAGAUUGUCCUUGACACCUUUGUCUACCGGCUACCAAGGAGAAUUUUCCUCCAGUUAAUGAAAAGAUUUGGAUUUAAAACCACCAGUAGAAUCAAUUGGAAGCAAUUUUUAACAUCAUUUUAUGAGCUUCAGAGAUCGGAAGUUAAUAACAUAGUUCCCCCCCUAAAAAGAGAUUGCAUCAAUGCUGGAAAUCAGUCUGGGAAGGAAAGCGCUGUCACAAAGGUGCUCAGACACGCCGAGUACAGCUGCGGGGCUCUGAAGAAGGCCUUACUGAUGACCGGCGCCUCUAAACCCAACGGAGAGAUAACAGGGGAAGAAUUGAGACAGAUUCUAAGUUCCACGGUUGUAAAAUUAAGUGACUCAGAAUUCAAAGAGCUCAUGAAAACGCUAGACUCCAGGGGCACUGGAAUGGUCGCAGUCAGCUCCUUCUUUGACCUGCUUGAAGGGGACCCUAAGAUGAGAAAAGCCUCCUCUCCCUGUACAGGCGCUAAGACACCACUUUCCUUGGCGUGGGAUUCAGUGGAAGAAAUGGUUCAUGAUGCAGUUGCUAAGAAUCUACAAGCUUUUUGUAACAUGCUGCAGUCAUAUGACCUCAGAGACACAGGGUUCAUCACUCGGAAUCAUUUCAAGAAAGUCAUGCGCAUAUUCUGUCCAUUUUUAACAAAUAAACAUUUAAUAAAACUCUGCUGUAAGUUUCAAGAUAUGACUUCAGAAAACAUCCUUUACAAGAAGUUUUUGGCAUGCUUCAGAAUAAAUGCCCCCCCUAUGGUCUCUCCGGUUCUUGUUCCAGAGGAUCAGUCGAGAGAACGCUUUCAGAAAGGAGGAGAGUGGCAGCCGGCCCUCUCUGAGAGGACGGAGCCCACCAGGAACAGGACCAAGAACAUGACCAAAGAUGAAGUCACUGAAAAACUCAAAAGCUAUAUCAAGUGGCAGGACCCAGCGUUCAGAAAGCGAUUCCUGGACGUCAGCCAGGGCCUUCACAGGAAGAUCAGCCUGCGUGACUUCAGGAAGGUGCUAGAAGCCAGCGGGAUGCCCAUGGAUGAGGAGCAGUUUUGGCUGCUGGCUACGAAAAUCGGCUAUAAGAAGGAAGGGAUGAGCUACCUCGACUUCACAGCAGGAUUCGAAGAGGCUAAAACAAAUGGGCCAGCUGCGACGCCACCCCAGACUCCGAUUUCUUCAAAAAAUCACCUGAAUGGCCACUUCAUCACUGCUGAAGAAUGCCUGAAACUCUUCCCCAAGAGACUGAAGGAGUCCUUCCGGGACCCCUACUCUGCCUUCUUUAAAAUAGACAGUGACAGGGAUGGCAUAAUCAACAUGCGUGAUCUUCACAGAUUGCUUCAGCGGCUGCUCUUCAACCUGAAAGACGAGGAGUUUGAGCGCCUCCUUGGCCUUCUUGGUUUGAGACUUAGCGUCACCUUAAACUUCCGGGAAUUUCAAAAUCUAUGUGAGAAGGGCCCCUCCCGGAUGGAUGACGCACCCCAAAGGCUCAUUAGACCCAAACAGAAAGUCGCAGAUUCAGAACUAGCCUGUGAGCAGGCUCAUCAGUAUCUUGUCAUCAAAGCAAAGAACAGAUGGGCGGACUUGUCCAAGAACUUUAUAGAAACUGAUACCGAGGGCAAUGGCAUUCUUCGACGACGGGAUGUAAAGAAUGCCCUGUAUGGCUUUGACAUUCCCCUCACACCAAGAGAAUUUGAGAAGCUUUGGCAAAGCUACGACACUGAGGGAAGAGGGUACAUUACUUACCAAGAGUUUUUACAGAAACUGGGUAUUAACUACUCACCAACAGUCCACCGGCCCUAUGCAGAAGAUUACUUCAACUUCUUGGGUCACUUCACGAAGCCCCAGCAGAUACAAGAAGAGAUCCAGGAGCUGCAGCAGAGCACAGAAAAAGAAAAAGAGCACAUGCCAGCCGGGGAUCAUCUUGUGGACCACUUUGAAGACAUCAGCAAAGUACUCAGCGCACUGGAUAAAUCCCAGUCCGGCUCCGUGUCCCUCUGCAAGAUGCAGCAGGUGUUGCAGGAGUGCGGCUGUCCCCUGAAGGAGGAGGAGCUGACCAGUCUUCUGAACAGUUUGGGAAUCAUCUGCCACGAUAGUACCAUCAAUUACCUUGACUUCUUGAGAGCCUUGGAGAAGGGCAAGGCAAGCAGACCCCAGCCAAGAGAGAAAGAAGAAAGUGUGCCGGUCAACUUCUCCACAGUGAACCCGGAGGCGGUGGUGAAGAGCAUCCAGGAGGUGGUCAGCGCCUCCCAGCUGGCCUUGUUACAGGCAUUUUCCGCAUUGGACAAAGAGGACACAGGGUUUUUAAAGGCUGCAGAUUUCGGACAAGUCCUUAAGGACUUCUGCUACAAGCUGACAGACAGCCAGUACCAUUACUUUUUGAGGAAACUAAGAAUUCAUCUAAUGCCCUACAUACACUGGAAGUAUUUUCUCGAGAACUUCGGCUGUUUCCUAGAGGAGACCGCUGAUGAGUGGGCUGAGAAAAUGCCCAGAAUCCCGCCCCCUGCGUCUCCCAGAGAAGCAGCCCACAGAGAGCUGCUGGCGCGUCUCCACAAAGCCGUGACCUCCCACCACCGCGCCUUCGCCCAGGAGCUGGAGAACUUCGACACCGGUAAAACCAACACGGUCUCCAGAGAUGAGUUCAGGGCCACCUGCACCCGCCACCUGCAGACCCUGACGGACGAGCAGUUUGACAGGCUCUGGAGCGAGAUGCCCGUGAAUGCCAAGGGGAGGCUGAAGUACCAGGAGUUCCUGAGCAGGUUCAGCGCAGAGCGGGCAGCCACGCCGCCGGCCACGGGCGACUCUGUCCAGGCGCAGAAGGGAAGCAGCGUCCCCGAGAUCUCAGAGGGAACCCGAUCUGCUGUCGCCUCACCCACGCGGGACCUGAGGGCAGGGCUAAAGUCACGGAGUCACCCCUGUACCCCUGCAGGCACCCCGCCGCUGCAGAACUGUGAACCCAUCGAGAGCCGGCUCCGGAGGCAGGUCCAGGGCUGCUGGCGGGAGCUGCUAAAGGAAUGCAAGGAGAAGGACACAGGGAGGCUGGGGACCAUCACCGCGCCAGAGUUCCUGGCUCUCGUGGAGAAGUUCCGCCUGGACGUGAGCAAAGAGGAGAGCCAGCAGCUCCUCGUGAAGUACGACCUGAGGGACAACGGCACGUUCGCCUACUGCGACUUCAUCCAGAGCUGCGUGCUGCUGCUCAGGCCCAAGGAGACCUCGCUGAUGCAGCGCAUGCGGAUCCAGAACGCGCACAAGAUGAAAGAAGCUGGUGCCGAGACAGCCUCCUUUUACUCAGCUCUGCUGCGCAUCCAGCCCAAGAUCCUGCACUGCUGGAGGCCCAUGAGACGCAUGUUCAAAGCCUACGACGAGGGCGGGACAGGGUUGCUGAGCACGGAUGAUUUCAGGAAGGUGCUGAGGCAGUUCAGCAUCAACCUCUCUGAGGAGGAGUUCUUCCACCUGCUCGAGUACUACGACAAGACACUGUCCUCCAGGGUCCCCUACAAUGACUUCCUCCGGGCCUUCCUGCAGUAGCACGGCCGCAGCACAUCCCGAAGGCAGGCCAGGCCACGUCCGUCUCUGCCACCGACAAAAUCUUAGACCGAGGGGUCUGACGAGUGUCCCAGCGCAUCUACAGAUACCGACACCAGCCCAGCCUGCGGGUCAAAACCUGUCUCACUGCUACAGGGCGGCCCUGCUGGCCUCAGCAGCCUCACUAGUUUGAACAAAUAAAAUAGUCUUUGCAGGGAUGAUUCGUGACACUUUAAAAGAACUACAAAUGAUAAAAUACUUCAGAACUUGG